AUGGCACUCCCACACUCCAUCUCCGCGUUAGCAACCACACUCACGCUUUCCUCCCCAAUAAGCAAACCCAACAACAAAGUGAAUUCCUUUCCCUUAUUCUCUAAUCAGGGUACGCAAUUUUUCACUAAACAAACGCGACCCAGAAGCGGAAGAGGCCUUUUGAUUACCCCUGCACCCGUUGCUGCGCCACCUUCAACGGUUGAAACCGAUCAAUCGUUCCCUGAAACCGAAAAAGGGGAGACUGAGGAAGAGUUUAACGAGGAGAGCUCUUCCUCUAAGUUCUCUUGGAGGGAUCACUGGUACCCUGUUUCUUUAAUCGAGGAUCUGAACCCUCUCUUGCCCACUCCGUUUCAGCUUCUGGGUCGUGAAAUCGUGCUCUGGUACGACAAGUCCAUUUCUCAAUGGGUUGCUUUUGAUGACAAAUGCCCCCAUCGUCUUGCCCCUUUAUCUGAAGGAAGGAUUGAUGAAGAUGGGAAGUUGCAGUGUUCUUAUCAUGGAUGGUCUUUUGAUGGUUGUGGAUCAUGUGUUAAGAUUCCUCAGGCUGCAUCUGAAGGCCCAGAAGCACGUGCUGUUCGAUCUCCUAAAGCAUGUGCCACUAGGUUCCCGACUCUGGUGUCUCAGGGAUUGCUCUUUGUUUGGCCUGAUGAGAAUGGUUGGGAGAGAGCAAAUGCCUCCAAGCCUCCAAUGUUGCCCGAUGACUAUGUAAAACCGGAGUUUGCCACGGUCAACAUUCAGCGUGAUCUGUUCUAUGGUUAUGAUACACUCAUGGAGAAUGUCUCUGAUCCUUCUCACAUUGAUUUUGCUCAUCACAAGGUCACAGGAAGGAGAGACAGAGCCAAGCCUCUGCCAUUCAAGAUGGAUUCUCGUGGUUCAUGGGGCUUUUCUGGAGCUAAUGAAGGGAACCCUAGGAUCAGUGCCAAAUUUGUUGCACCAUGUUAUUAUAUGAACAAGAUUGAGAUUGAUACCAAACUCCCUGUAGUUGGUGACCAGAAAUGGGUUGUAUGGAUAUGUUCCUUCAAUGUCCCAAUGGCACCUGGUAAGACUCGCUCCAUUGUUUGCAGUGCUAGAAACUUCUUCCAGUUCUCAGUGCCAGGGCCUGCCUGGUGGCAAGUCGUUCCUAGAUGGUAUGAGCAUUGGACUUCGAACAAGGUAUAUGAUGGAGACAUGAUAGUCCUUCAAGGCCAAGAGAAAAUCUUCCUUUCACAAACCAAGGAAGGAGGUGACAUUAACAAACAGUACACCAACAUCACCUUCACACCAACACAGGCAGAUCGCUUUGUCUUGGCAUUUCGAAACUGGCUGAGGCGACAUGGCAAUGGCCAACCAGAAUGGUUUGGCAACAGCAGCGACCAGCCAUUGCCAUCAACUAUUUUAUCCAAACGUCAGAUGUUGGAUAGAUUUGAACAGCAUACUCUCAAGUGUUCAUCAUGUAAAGGAGCUUAUGAGGGAUUCCAAAGAUGGCAAAAAGUCUUGAUUGGUGCAACAGUUGUGUUUUGUGCAACAUCAGGGAUUCCAGCAGAUACCCAGUUGCGUGUACUUUUGGCUGGACUUGCAAUUGUAAGCGCAGCCUUAGCUUUUGCCCUAAACCAACUCCAAAAGAAUUUUGAAUUUGUCGAUUACGUGCAUGCAGAAAUCGAAUAA